CUAUCGAUGGCUGCCGAUAAAUGAAACAUACAACAAAAAUCAACAAAACCGAAAAGAAAGCAUAAAACAGAAAAUAUUAACUACAGUUUUUUAAAAACAACUUUUUUGUUAACUUUACUACUUAAGCCACAAUAUAGUGUGAUAUAAAUAGCAUUCCCUAAAAUAUAAGCAAAUUAGAAACCAAAGAAACGCCCACACGUUUUAGAAAAGAUUAAUCAUGGACAUCUCAAAGGCACCAAAUCCACGAAAACUGGAGCUUUGUCGUAAAUAUUUCUUUGCUGGAUUCGCCUUUUUGCCCUUUGUAUGGGCCAUCAACGUUUGUUGGUUUUUUCAAGAAGCCUUCCAUAAGCCCCCAUAUCCGGAACAAAGCCAGAUAAAGAAAUUUGUUAUAUUCUCCGCGGUGGGAACCUUGUUCUGGCUUAUAGUACUCAGUGCUUGGAUAGUGAUAUUCCAGACGAAUCGCACAGCUUGGGGCGCCACAGCAGACUAUAUGAGCUUUAUCAUACCACUGGGCAGUGCAUAACAAAGAACCCUAGCAAUAACUAACUUAUGAUAUUAAAAAAAAAGACUUAAUCCCAACCACAAGUAACAUGUAUGAUUAAUUGAUCAAAUAUUCCAAUAUAACGAA